AUGGGUCCGGCGAAGGAUAUCGUCUGGUUGACCGGGCGUUUGAGAAUAGUGAUUGACAUCGACCGAGGUGGCAAUGCGGUACUACGUUCGAUUUCCCCAGUCGACGCUGCUGAAGAGAAGACAAUGAAUCCAUCAAUCCGUGACUCGGCUCUACCCCUGGUAGAAAUGAAGCUUGGGGGCGAGAGUAACAGGUUCGAGACGGGCAAACGCCAUGUUCGCACUUAUUGCAGCCAACGGUUGCUAUACAGGCAGCAUAGCGAGUACUCAGAGAGGUCCCCUGAUAAUAGGCUCAUCAAUCGCCUUGAUGUCGUAUUGCACGAUCCAGAAUCCAAAAUCUUGGUAACCGUACAUUUUUCGGCUUAUCCCGAUGUAGCUGUUCUGCGAUCUGCAGUGACUGUGCAGAAUGAAUCAGCAUCGGAGGUCGUCCUGAGCAUGGUUUCGUCCCUCGUCUUCAGCGGCUUUGCAUUACCGCAGUGGUGGAAGAAAUACAGCGUCUCCUACGCUCACAACACCUGGUUCAGAGAAGCACAGUGGCAGACAGUACCUUUGCCUGCUGUCGGUGUCGAUGACAUUGGUAUCGUUGAGUUAGGCUACGAGUCCUCGCAGUAUUGCUACGCCAUUUCUAACCAAGGAUCAUUUUCUACGGGGGACCAUCUCGCUAUGGGUGCUCUUUCAAGCAACGAUGGAUCCCAAACAUGGCUCUGGCAGAUUGAAACAAACGGCCAGUGGCGGUGGGAAAUCGGCGACUACCGAGAUAGCUUGUACAUAUUUGCAUCAGGACCGGCAGAUCAAGACCACCAAUGGAGUACUGUCAUUGAAACAGGGCAAUCUUUCACAAGUGUGCCUGUCGCGUUAUGUGUAAACCUGCGGGGCAUUGACGACGCAUUCUCGGAAAUGUGUCGUUACAGACGAAGAAUCAUUCGACAACAUGAAGACAAUAACAGAAUGUCCGUGAUAUUCAAUGACUAUAUGAACUGCUUAAUGGGCGAUCCGACGGAAGAGAAGGUACUCGCUCUGAUACCCAAGGCUGCAGACUGCGGAGCUGAAUAUUUCUGCAUCGACGCCGGGUGGUAUUCUGAAGGAGAAGACUGGUGGGCCUCGGUUGGACAAUGGGAACCCUCUCGAAUACGGUUUCCCUCUGGCCUGCAAUCCGUCACAGCGAAAAUUCAGAAGGCAGGGAUGUUGCCAGGUCUCUGGUUGGAGCCAGAGGUAAUGGGAGUCAAUAGCCCUGCACUCGGAGMCCUGCCACUAGAAGCCUUUUUUCAACACAACGGGGUUAGAGUCCUCGAGAAAGACCGCUAUCAUCUGGAUUUCCACCAUCCCGCUGUCAUUUCAAGAAUGACAAGAAUCAUCGACAAUUUGAUCCACACUUUCGGCAUCCGAUACUUCAAAUUUGAUUACAACAUCAAUGUACCCUACGGGACAGACACUUACGGUCGCAGCCCAGGCGAUGGUCAGCUGGCUCAUAACCGAGCCUACCUAGCCUGGAUACGGGAAUUGAUCGAUAGACACCCUCGUCUUGUUAUUGAAAAUUGCAGUAGUGGUGGCCAACGGCUGGACUACGCGAUGCUCUCUGUCUGCGCACUACAGUCAACAAGUGAUCAGCAAGACCCUGUCCGAUACGCGGCAGUAGCGGCAAGUAUUAUGACAGCUGUGAUCCCUGAGCAAGGUGCCACAUGGUGUUAUCCACAACCUCACUGGAAUGACGAGCUAAAUGCCUUUUCGGUUGUUAACAGCCUGUUAGGUCGAGUGCAUUUGAGUGGUCGUAUUGACCAACUCAACGACCACCAGUUGAAGAUUAUUUCGAAAGGAAUUGACAUCUAUAAAGAUAUUCGUCAGAAUUUGCGUUUCGGAACACCUUUCUGGCCGUUGGGAUUACCGAAGUGGUCUGAUGAAUGGAUUGCCGUGGGCAUCAGAUGUUCUGAAAGACUGAGUUAUGUUUCUGUAUGGCGAAGAGAAAUCACGGCCCCUGACUCUAUCGAGCUGUCUGUGCCAAAAGAUAUUAAUACUUCUAAGACUACUCUGACUGUUUUGUAUCCUGCAUGGCUUCCAGUGGAAGCUCUUUGGAACGACGAAAGAGGGAGCAUGACAGUCAAGCUUCCCUGUGCACCCUCUGCGCGGCUUGUCAGGGUCGACUUCACAAUAUGA